GUCGAGGACCAGAGAGAAAACGUACACAGUCUUUUUUGUGUAUAAAGAGAAGCAUACCUUGCUUUGUAUCCUUCUCCACGGAUCAAAAAAUUCUGACCCAAACACCAUACAAUGGAUUGUGAUGGAUCUUUAACUUCGAUUCCUCGAAAUCUCAGCUCGAUUCGUCGGAAUUUAGUCAUUGUACUGUUCACAGCAUCCAUUUUCCGGUUAUCUUCUUAGUUUCCCGCAUAGUAUUACCUCACUUUUCCGACCAAAUUUGCCAAGAAAUAAGAGGGAAUUGAAUUGUGCAGAGAGAGGGCCUAAUAUGGGGCAUUUGUCAUCCAUGUUCAAUGGACUUGCAAGGUCGCUGUUGAUAAAAAAAGGUCGAAAUUCUGGAAAUUGUGGCGGAAGAGAGGCCGCUGAUGCUAUGGCGAGGGCAGCGAAGAAGAAUGAAUUGAUUCUUCGGUCUUCUGGCAUUGUUAAUGUUGAUGGAUCGAACAAUUUUGCAUCAGUUUUCUCCAGAAGAGGCGAGAAAGGAGCGAACCAAGAUUGCUCCGUUGUGUGGGAGGAAUUUGGAUGCCAAGAAGACAUGAUGUUUUGUGGGGUUUUUGACGGGCAUGGUCCGUGGGGACAUUUCGUGGCAAAGAUGGUUAGAGAAACGAUGCCCCUGACUUUACUGUGCAAUUGGCAAGAGAUGCUAGCUGAGGCUUCAGUUGACUGUGAAUUUGAUUUGGAAUCUGAUAAAAAACUUAAUAGUUUUAAUAUAUGGAAGCAUUCCUACUUAAAGACUUGUGCCACAGUUGAUGUGGAUCUGGGGCAGCACCGCAAAAUCGAUUCGUUCUAUAGUGGAACCACUGCUCUGACAAUUGUUAGGCAGGGUGAUCUCUUAGUUGUGGCAAAUGUCGGCGAUUCCCGUGCUGUAUUGGCUACCACUUCAGAUGAUGGCAGCUUGGUACCAAUUCAGCUUACUGUCGAUUUCAAGCCCAAUCUACCCCAGGAAGCUGAGCGGAUAAUUCAGUGCAAUGGUCGAGUCUUCUCUUUAGAUGAUGAGCCAGGGGUGCACAGGGUGUGGCUGCCAGAUGAGGAGUCACCUGGAUUGGCAAUGUCUAGAGCCUUCGGAGAUUACUGUGUCAAGGAUUUUGGACUUGUUUCUGUGCCUGAAGUGACACACAGACAAAUAACUGGCAAAGACCAAUUCGUUGUGCUGGCAACAGAUGGGGUGUGGGAUGUUGUCUCCAAUCAAGAAGCAGUGCAAAUUGUAUCUUCAACGCCAGACCAAGCAAAAUCAGCUAAACGUCUGGUUGAGCAUGCUGUCCAUGCAUGGAAACGCAAGAGACGAGGAAUUGCAACUGAUGAUAUUUCAGCUAUUUGUCUCUUCUUUCACUCUCCUCCUUUAUCUUCUCAGCAAACUCAUCUUGUUACUAAGCCAAUACAGUAAUGCAAGAAGAGAAGGCAACCACUUAUCUGUUACUCAAAACGGAUCCUAGAAAUCAUUAGACUGCACAGAGGGUGUUUAUUUUGUAAAUCAAGAAGGUGCAAACUCUACGAGAGAUCUCUAGAAACAAAUCCAUUUGUUUUUGAAAUAGUAUAAUCUUCUUUUGAUAGCCAUUGACAUUCUUUAUGAGCUUAAAUGUGCGUGUUUUUGUUUUUUGUUUUUAGUUUAUCUAUUCCAACGCCAUCUCUGUUUGAUCUCAUUAAAUUUUGGCUGGAUUUCAUGGAGCAUGGUAUGAAUUUAGUUAGGCUGUUUUUGGCUU